CCUGGGCGGCCCCAAACCCCCGCGAGCGACGCGAGUGGGUCGGGCAGGAGCUCCCUUGCCCGGCCAUGGGCGCCCUUUCGCCCGCGUCCUACUCCGCCUGCUUUCUCGGCGGCUUUCUCCUGGCGGCCGCCUUGCCUUCCUUGGGAGCGGACGCCUGCCCUUCCAUUGCUUGGAUUCCAUUCCAAAAGAGCUGCUAUGCUCUACUUCAGGGCUCCUCAGAGGUCUACGGUAUGGAUGAUGCCAGGGAGCUGUGCCAAGGCAAUGCUUCUGGAGCGGAUAUUAUUACUAUAAACAGCAAAGAUGAAAAUAUCUUUAUUCAGAGUAAUUUUCACUCAAAUUGGCAUGGUCCAGAAUACAUAUCUCUUGGCAUGUUUUUUGACACAGAUGAUGAUAUUUUCAAAUGGUAUGAUGAUUCCAAAGUAAAUUUUACAAACUGGAUAGAGGAAGACAGUAACAAUGAACUUCUAAACACUUGUGCUACUAUGCAUACAGCUUCAGGUGGAUGGAAAAAAGUCUCCUGUGAACACCUUCCACUGACUAAGAUCCUAUGUGAAACUACUGAUAAAAAUCACACCCUUGAGAAGAAGGCAUACAUCGUCAUACUCUGAAAAAAGAAAGAUACUCUUGCAGACUGAAUGAGCAAUAUCCAGUAUCUAUGGAUACCAGUGUGCAACAGCAGAUUUUCUGCUUGACUCAGC